AUGGUUAAAGCAGUUGCUGUACUCAGAGGAGAUUCAAACGUUAGCGGAGUCGUUAGAUUCGAACAAUCCGCUGAAUCCGAACCAACCACCAUCACUUGGGAAAUUGCCGGUAAUGAUCCAAAUGCAUUGAGAGGAUUCCACGUGCAUGCCUUUGGUGACAACACCAAUGGAUGUACUUCAGCCGGACCUCAUUUCAAUCCAUUCAGCAAGACCCACGGUGCCCCAGAAGAUGAUGAGAGACAUGUUGGUGACUUGGGUAACAUUUCUACUGACUCCCAAGGUGUUGCUAAGGGAACCAAACAAGAUUUGUUGAUCAAGUUGAUUGGUGCCAACAGUAUUUUGGGUAGAACUGUUGUUGUUCAUGCUGGUACUGAUGACUAUGGUAAAGGUGGAUUUGAAGAUUCAAAGACCACUGGACACGCUGGUGCCAGACCAGCUUGUGGUGUCAUCGGAUUGUCCGAGUAG